AUGUAUCCAGAAGGUUCCAGGUUCAAUCCCUGGUCUGGUCAAUAUCCAAUUUUAUCAAAUAGUGACAUUGUUGAAGAAGCCAGAGAAAUUAUAUAUCCAGGUGCCAAUGGUGAUGCUUGGUGGGAUACCGAACAGUUGUUCAAGCAGGUCAAGCGAGCAAUUCAGAUUUUCGAGACCAUGCGCCCUGGUUGUGUCUCUUUGUUCAUUUUUGAUCAGUCUUCUGCUCAUGCAUCAUUGCCACCAGAUGCAUUGAAAGCUUUUGAGAUGAAUAAAUCAAAUGGUGGCAAGCAGCGGGACACUGUUAUCCCAGAAUCAAAUUCCACUGUCGAGCAUCGCGGGAAGGUCAACCUGUAA